AUGGGCAUAGGCAGAGAGUGUCAUCCAAAAAAAGAAAGAGCUCCCCUAAAAACAAAAAAACAUCAUUCAGUUCUCUAUGAAACACAGGCGCCAACGCAUUGUUUCCGAUCCAAUCCAAUCCAAUCUAUAGAUUCAUUGCAUCAGAAAUUCCAACUGGCCCAAGCCUAUCAGGAUUUGGUGAGCGGAAAUUUUGCAGCCGUUGCCGAAAAUCUGAACUUCAGCCAGAGUGCUGAGGCGGCCCGGACCAUCAACUCCUGGGUGGAGGAGCAGACCCACCAACAAAUCAAGAACCUCAUCGGUCCGGACUCCCUCGAUGCCGAUACAGCUGCCAUUCUGGUCAAUGCCAUUUACUUCAAGGCCGACUGGCAGAACAGUUUCCCCGACUACGCCACGUAUGCCAGGGACUUUGUCAACCACGGAGGUCAGCGUGUCAGCGUGGACACCAUGUCACAAUCGGAUUACUUCAGCUACGGCGAGCUAUCGGAGUUGGGGGCCAAGGUUCUGGAACUGCCUUACUUCGGCACAGAUAUUGUGUUCCUGGUACUUUUGCCCAAGGAGGAGCAAGGAUUAGCCACCCUGGAGGAGAAACUCAACGGCCUGGACCUGAAGGACGUGCGCUCCCGCCUGAGCAGACGGAAGGUGGAGCUCCAACUGCCCAAGUUUAAAUUUGAGUUUGAUGUGCCCCUGCAACCAGUUUUGGAAGAGUUGGGAAUCAAGCAACUUUUUGGACCUCAGGCUGACUUCAGCGCACUACUGAGUGCUCCCACGCCCCUUCGCAUCUCGGAAGUGAAGCACAAGGCUGUCAUCGAGGUGAACGAGAAGGGAACCACGGCCAGUGGGGCUACCUUUGUCAAGGCCGAGCUGGAGUCCCUGGUUAUUGGGGAGCAGACUGUCGAGUUCGUGGCGGAUCAUCCCUUCGCCUUCGCCAUCCUGGGCAAGGAGAGCACCUUGUUCCUGGGCCAUGUCAGUCAGCUAUGAGUUCGAGUACGAUUAGUUUUAGCUGUAAAUCCUCGGAAACUCAAUAUCCCAGCACCCAAUAAAUGCCAAUCUUCGAUGUCAAGUGCAGGGACUCGAACCGAACUAGGUAGGAACAAGCUUGUUUGUUGAUUAGUUUUGGGUUGCAUAAUACAUGGGUGUGCACUAGGGCUGUUGUAAUUAGA